AUGGCUGUAGAAACGGAUUCACCCAUAGCUGCCGCCGACGAGCAGAAUGGUCGCCAGCAACAGCUGCAGCCGCCACCGGGAGUUCAUCUCUACGGCUGGCGUCUCUAUCUUGUCCAGUUCAGUUUGUAUCUCGGUCUCAUUCUUAGUAUCAUGGACUCGUCCGCUGUAUCCACAGCUCUUGUCACCAUCGGCGAUCAUUUUAAUGACUUUACGCGCAUCCAAUGGGUCGUGUUAGCCUACAUGUUGACGUACCUAGGCUUUGCCUUGACAUUCUCACGAAUGAGCGAUGUAAUCGGGAGGAAAUGGGCAACCAUUACCGCUCUUAUCUUCAUUGGCGCCUUCUCGAUAGGCUGUGGCUGGGCCCAAACUAUCCAACAGUUGAUUGCCUUCCGUGCUUUGCAGGGCGUCGGCGGCGCCGGUUUGUACUCCAUGGCUUUCAUUGUCCUGCCCGAGAUGACCCCUCCCGAAAAUAUCCCCGUGAUGAGCGGCUUGAUCGGUGGCGUGACUAUUGUUUCGGCAGUGUUAGGACCUGUGAUAGGUGGCGUUAUCACGACGCAUUCGACGUGGCGCUGGGUUUUCUGGUUCAACAUUCCUGUUGUCGGGACCAUCCUUGUGCCUAUGAUCGUUUUCUGCCCAGACUUCAAGUAUCAAGGACGUAUGAAGUGGAGACAGUUUGACUUUAUUGGCUGUUUAAUCUACCUGGUAACCUGCGUCCUACUCAUUACUGCUCUUCAGGAAGCUGGCGCCGGGUCAAUUGCAUGGCAGUCGGCUGCAUUCAUCGUCUGCAUGAUCCUGGCUGGUCUGGCGUUCGUUGGGUUUGCCUCGUGGAUUGCGUUUCUUUCUGGAGGCAAGCAUUCCACUAUGCCGCUAUUCCCGGCGCGCAUUAUCAAACAUCGUAUCAUGCUUUCAACUGUGAUGGUAUCUACCUGUAUUGGAUUCGUGUUCUACUCAAUCCUAGUGCAAUUACCGGAGCGCUUCCAGAUUGUCAAUGGAGACACUGCUGAAAUAUCUGGCGUUUCGCUUUUGGCUCUCUCGGGGCCAUCGGCAGUUGGCUCUUUCUUAGGCGGCGCUUUAUCAAGCAAGAAAAACAACACGUUCUCUACCCUAAUCAUCGGGUGCAGUCUGAUCCUCUUGGGCAAUGGACUGUUUCAUACCGUCGGUCCCAGCCAUUCUGUCCCCUCAAAAGCAUAUGGAUUUGAGGCUAUAAUGGGCCUGGGCUUUGGCAUGAUCUUCUCCACCACGACGGUCCUGAUCAAGCUGCAUGCCGAGCGGGAAGACGCCGCAUCGGCGCAAGGCCUCAUGUCUCAAGGUCGUCUCCUCGGCGGUAACCUCGGUCUCGCAAUUGCCACCGUCGUGCUCAACCAACAACUCGUCUCCGACCUAAGCGGCAUCGUGCCCUCCGACGAACUCGACAACCUUCGCCACUCCCUGCUAGCCAUGUCAUCUCUCACAGCGCAGCAGGCAGCAGUCGUGCGACAAGCGUUUGCGGACGCGUUCAAGACGCAGCUCGUAAUCAAUAUGGGUGUUGCUGGCGCCGCGUUUGUGUUCUCGAUGUACACCUGGGAGCGCCAUCCGACCACAUUCGCGCAGGUAUUGCAGCAAAUGGCAGACGAUGAGGAUGCUUCCGCUGCUAAUUCUACGGCUGUAGCGCAGAUUAACGAACGGCCUACGGCUUCUAGUACCUAA